AUUCUCAUUGGUUGUUUAGGCUUGGUCACAUGACCACACGCUCGAGAAGGCGUAGCCUAUUUGGAACGUAUUUGAUCUGGUAGUUUCUCAUUCUGGCAAUUGCAUUUUGUUUAUCCACAUUUAGUUGUUAAAAACAGUAGCCUAAUGUAACCGGUAAAUAACAUUAACGAUCAUUUACAUUAGGCAAUUUACUCCAUGAAAGAUUUCACACGGACUGUCCGCAUGAUUUCAGGUAUGGAUAUGAGUGCCCUUUGUUGUUGCUUUUGCUUUACUCGCGUAUAUAGCCUUUGAUCGUCUAGGCACGCUCCAAACAUCGAAAUGUAACCGCUGCAAGCUUUUGAUGAAGGCAAUUAAUGAUCAACUGGUACAAUACUCAUGUAAUAUGAUAUCUACUUGACUGGCAGUUUCAGCAAAUAAAAACAAGGCAAUUGGCACAUAGGCCUACACUGGGUAUUCCACACACAACUUUUCAAUGUGCAUAGGCAAUUAAUUCGUGGUUACGGCACUCAAUUUACUGGCAAGGGGAACAUAAACAUAACAUCUGAAACUAUAUGUUUUAUCAGUCUUCAUUUCACUGUACCAUGGAUGUGGAGAACUACGCAUAACUGUGUAUGUCCAUGACUUAGUGGCAAUUACCAUGGGGCAACCUCCAAAAGUAGCCAUCUUAUCAUCUUCCCUAAUGACAUGGUAGUUGAAGAUAACCAUUUCAAGGGUAAAGCUUGAAAUAAAUAGUAUUUUCUCUAACGCUGACUCACCCCAUAAGCAGUCUUCCUCGUAUUUCCCUUCAAAUGUAGUUACUCUUACGAAGAGAUAAAUAGACUAGGCCAGCCACAACAGACAUGUUUUGUGUGAGGCUCACUGUUGAAUUUAGCACUAACAAUAUGUCAUUUGUCAGACUAAAAGCACUUGUUAUUUUUGUGUGUUAACCAAAGUUGUAAACAGAAUGGUCAACUUGAUUCUGUUAAUGUUCUGCCUUUUAAGUUCAUGUAGCUUGAUAGCCUACUCAUAAUCACUAGAGCCCUGACUUCAGUUGAGACGUUCCACUCGUGACUUGCAGCCCUGAGACAGCUAAUUUAACCUCUCCUCAGAAACUGAUGUUUCAGCGUAUCUAAGAUGCUUCUGCUUUUCUGUAACAUUUUGUCCAGAAAUCGCGUAUUAUCAUAUUGGAGUCAUGAGCAUGGGAAAUGCGUUCUACAAAUGAAACGUUGAGCCACAAAAUGUGCUCUGAAGAAUCUAUCAUACUGUUUGUCAAAUUAUAUGUAUAGUGUGCACCAUAUCGACCUGUGCAUUAUCGUGAACACCUGCCUGCAAACACUCCUGGCCUGUAGCAUUGACGUCAGUCAUUUUUCUUCUAUAUUGUUAAUGAGACCCAGAACUUUCCUAUUAUGAAUAGGUCUUGACACGCUCCUAUAGAAUUGGGGGGGCAGAGGCAGUGUGGCGACAAUGGUGUGUCAUGGAUGGAAUAACACUACUGACUGAGAGUACUGUAUUCCACCAUUCAUUGUGAUAUAGGGGCUCAGUGAGUAAGGUACUCAUCAGGCAUCAUAAAGAUACAGCUCAACAUGGUUCCUGUCACUUCAAACAGAAAGGCACUAAUCCCUAAUUGUUCCUGUAAAUUGCUCUGGAUAAGAGCAUCUGCUAAAUGACUAAAAUGUAAAAAUAUAGCUUGGUCUUACAUGAUUUGAUGUAAUUUUCUUCUGUUUUGUUUAGAGCCUUUUCUGAGCUGCAUUUUCUGAUCAGAAUCCUGAACAACUUUGUCAAAAGAGACAAUACUCUGUAACAAUGAUUUCUGAUAUUCCCUACGAGAAGGUAAGGUUUUUGUCAGUACUGUUGUUGUAAGUUUUGACAGAAAACUGAGACACAAAAUUCUAACUUGUUAAAAUCUUCUUCUGGUGCAGAUGUGUGAUGUGGAGUCGAGGAGAGAAGAGUCCCGCAGGAAAGCACAGAUGGUAUCAAAUAUUAAUUAUAUUUACCAAGUAACCUAAUGAAAAUGGUGUAAAAAUAUGAUUGAAACCUACAAUCAGACACACACCGUAGUCAGUGGCCAAGGAUGUGAGUUAAAGGGGAAUUUACCCUAAAUCAAUUUUCACAUGUACAGUUGAAGUCGGAAGUUGACAUACACUUAGGUUGGAGUCAUUCAAACUAGUUUUUCAACCACUCCACACAUUUCUUGUUAACAAACUAUAUUUUUGGCAAGUCGGUUAGGACAUCUACUUUGUGCAUGACACAAGUAAUUUUUCCAACAAUUGUUUACAGACAGAUUAUUUCACUUAUAAUUCACUGUAUCACAAUUCCAGUGGGUCAGAAGUUUACAUACACUAAGUUGACUGUGCCUUUAAACAGCUUGGAAAAUUCUAGAAAAUGAUGACAUGGCUUUAGAAGCUUCUGAUAGAUGAAUGUACUUUUGUGCGAAAAGUGCAAAUCAAUCCCAGAACAACAGCAAAGGACCUUGUGAAGAUGCUGGAGGAAACAGGUACAAAAGUAUCUACAUUGAGGGGAAAAAAGUAUUUGAUCCCCUGCUGAUUUUGUACGUUUGCCCACUGACAAAGACAUGAUCAGUCUAUAAUUUUAAUGGUAAGUUUAUUUGAACAGUGAGAGACAGAAUAACAACAAAUAAAUCCAGAAAAAUGCAUGUAAAAAAUGUUAUAAAUUGAUUUGCAUUUUAAUGAGGGAAAUAAGUAUUUGACCCCCUCUCAAUCAGAAAGAUUUCUGGCUCCCAGCUGUCUUUUAUACAGGUAACGAGCUGAGAUUAGGAGCACACUCUUAAAGGGAGUGCUCCUAAUCUCAGCUUGUUACCUGUAUAAAAAACACCUAUCCACAGAAGCAAUCAAUCAAUCAGAUUCCAAACUCUCCACCAUGGCCAAGACCAAAGAGCUCUCCAAGGAUGUCAGGGACAAGAUUGUAGACCUACACAAGGCUGGAAUGGGCUACAAGACCAUCGCCAAGCAGCUUGGUGAGAAGGUGACAACAGUUGGUGCGAUUAUUCGCAAAUGGAAGAAACACAAAAUAACUGUCAAUCUCCCUCAGCCUGGGGCUCCAUGCAAGAUCUCACCUCGUGGAGUUGCAAUGAUCAUGAGAACAGUGAGGAAUCAGCCCAGAACUACACGGGAGGAUCUUGUCAAUGAUCUCAAGGCAGCUGGGACCAUAGUCACCAAGAAAACAAUUGGUAACACACUACGCCGUGAAGGACUGAAAUCCUGCUGCGCCCGCAAGGUCCCCCUGCUCAAGAAAGCACGUAUACAGGCCCGUCUGAAGUUUGCCAAUGAACAUGAAUGAUUCAGAGGUGAACUGGGUGAAGGUGUUGUAGUCAGAUGAGACCAAAAUCGAGCUCUUUGCCAUCAACUCAACUCGCCGUGUUUGGAGGAGGAGGAAUGCUGCCUAUGACCGCAAGAACACCAUCCCCACCGUCAAACAUGGAGGUGGAAACAUUAUUAUGCUUUGGGGGUGUUUUUCUGAUAAGGGGACAGGACAACUUCACCGCAUCAAAGGGACAAUGGACGGGUAAACCUGGUGGCCAACUACAAGAAACGUCUGAUCUCUGUGAUUGCCAACAAGGGUUUUGCCACCAAGUACUAAGUCAUGUUUUGCAGAGGGGUGAAAUACUUAUUUCCCUCAUUAAAAUGCAAAUCAAUUUAUAACAUUUUUGACAUGCAUUUUUUGUUGUUAUUCUGUCUCUCACUGUUCAAAUAAACCUACCAUUAAAAUUAUAGACUGAUCAUAUAUUUGUCAGUGGGCAAACUUAAAAAAUCAGCAGGGGAUAAAAUACUUUUUUCCCUCGCUGCAUAUCCACAGUAAAACGAGUCCUAUAUCGACAUAACCUGAAAGGCCGCUCAGCAAGGAAGAAGCCACUGCUCCAAAACCGCCAUAAAAAAGCCAGACUACGGUUUGCAACUGCACAUGGGGACAAAGAUCGUACUUUUUGGAGAAAUGUCCUCUGGUCUGAUGAAACAAAAAUAGAACUGUUUGGCCAUAAUGACCAUUGUUAUGUUUGGAGGAAAAAGGGGGUUGCUUGCAAGCCGAAGAACACCAUCCCAACCGUGAAGCACGGUGGUGGCAGCAUCAUGCUGUGGGGGUGCUUUGCUGCAGGAGGGACUGGUGCACUUCACAAAAUAGAUGGCAUCAUGAGGAAGGACAAUUAUGUGGAUAUAUUGAAGCAACAUCUCAAGACAUCAGCCAGGAAGUUAAAGCUUGGUCGCAAAUGGGUCUUCCAAAUGGACAAUGACCCCAAGCAUACUUCCAAAGUUGUGGCAAAAUGGCUUAAGGACAGCAAAGUCAAGGUAUUGGUGUGGCCAUCACAAAGCCCUGACCUCAAGCCUAUAGAAAAUGUGUGGGCAGAACUGAAAAAGCGUUUGCGAGCAAGGUGGCCUACAAACCUGACUCAGUUACACCAGCUCUGUCAGGAGGAAUGGGCCCAAAUUCACCCAACUUAUUGUGGGCAGCUUGUGGAUGGCUACCCAAAACGUUUGACCCAAGUUAAACAAUUUAAAGGCAAUGCUACCAAAUACUAAUUGAGUGUAUGUAAACUUCUGACCCACUGGGAAUGUGAUGAAAUAAAUAAAAGCUGAAAUAAAUCAUUCUCUCUACUAUUAUUCUGACAUUUCACAUUCUUAAAAUUAAGUGGUCAUCCUAACUGACCUAAGACAGGGCAUUUUUGAGUUUAAAUGUAUUUGGUUAAGGUGUAUGUAAACUUCCGACUUCAACUGUAUUCGUAGUCAAUCCACCAUGCAUGUGAGUAUGCAUAGUAACGCUCUGCUUGGACUGCUUAAUGGCGAGACGUGAGAGGGCACAGAGCAUUGCUGUUAACUAAUUAUAUUCACUCUAAACUCCAACAACUCAAGGAACAUUAUACAUUUCUGUGAAAUAAUCUCUCCUGUCUUAUAUUUGAUGAAGUUGAAGCACUUUUGACAACUCCACCCACCCAGUUAGAGAGAGGGGAAUCAUGGAAAUUGUAGGAAUUGACUCAAACUGGCAAUUGGGAACAUCAGGACUGAUCAGGACAUUCAAAGCUAGAUAUCUACUUAGACAUUGUUUUGAAAAGCAUUUUUUUGUGUGAAUGUGUCUACUAUGGACUACUGAAAACAACAACCACUGAAUUAUAUAGGCAAAAUAGUCCUUUAACCAGACAAAUUCUCACGGGACUCAUGGUGAUUAUAUACAACCACUGUUCCAUAACCGUUAUCUCAUUCCUCUUUGGUCAGGGUGGUCUGGUCAGGGUCACCUCUACAUGACUGUGCUCCUGAUCCAGCCAUCUCUGUGUGUAGUAUUAUAGGUGUCUGCUGGGUCUCACUGGGGUGGCCACCCUGCUAUUGGCUGCCCUGUUCCUCCAAACCCUGCUGCUUCCCGUGGUUAACUCCUCCCCAAACAAGCCAGGCUUCAAGCUCCCACUUCCUCUCACUGACACCUGCACCGACCCCUGCAAGUGAGUGGGCCUCUGUACAAUGUCUAAUUUCCCACUGUUAGUGUGCUCACUGUAAAACUCUUAUUCUGCUCAUUCAUACUCUAUUAUUCUGCAGCUUUAACUCAUUUGUGGUUACGUGGCUAACCACCAUGGUCAUGUUUUGCAGAACAGGUGCUAUCAUUAACUGUUCAAGGAUGUAGUAAAACAAUGAUGCUUCCUUUCUCUAUUCCAGAAUCGUUCUAUUGGAGAGCAUCCCAGAGGGGUUAGAGUUCAACUCUAGUGUCACCAACCCAUCCAUCUACCAGGCUUGGCUGAACCUGAUUAGUGAGGCUCGCAGUAGCGUGGACAUCGCGUCUUUCUAUUGGACGCUCACCAACAAAGACACAGGCUCUCACGAGCCAACAGCGAAUCAGGUGAGUGUGUUCUGUGAUUGGCAGCCAAUGCGAUGUCAGAUCGAAACCUGUGGGUAGUUGUGGAUUAUUUUAGUCUAAACAGUUAUGUUUUGUCUAUAGGGUGAGGAUGUCCUGAAUAGGCUAGCUCAGGUGUCGGGAAAGCUCUCUGUCCGCAUCGCUGUAAAUACACCAACAAAGUCCCAACCUCAGGAAGACAUCAAUCUCUUGAAAAGUUCUGGUAAGGGGUUCUCUGACCAUGCAUUUAUGUUUUCAAUUCCAUUGAAUUUGCAGAAGUUAAAUUGACCCCAAUCAAGCUGCUACCUACAGUAAGGAAGUAUUAGUCUGUUUGCUUUAUGUGGUGAUAAUGGUAGCUCUUUCUUUAGGUGCUGAUGUAAGAGCCGUGAACAUGCAGGAUUUGACCACUGGAGUACUUCACACCAAGUUCUGGGUGGUGGACAACAAGCACAUCUAUAUUGGCAGUGCCAACAUGGACUGGAGGUCCCUUACCCAGGUGAGUCUCCUCUGUGCCCUCACACUCAGCCUCACCCCCAUAGAAAAAGUUUUAAAAAGAAAAACAACAAUUCGUUGUUCAAAAAUGAAAAUGUAGCAAAAUGAAUUCCGUAAACCAUUUGAAACGUCAUGCUUGUGGUUUUUGGAGGAAGUAGUCAUAUUUCCUUGUUCUUUUAAAGUGUAAACAUUAUAUCACAACUUUGUAUUGUCUAAAAUUAGCACAUCAAGUUGUGGGAAAGUAGCUUUGGUUCAGUCUGUGAAACAUGUCCUCUGUUGUUGUCCUGUUUAGGUGAAGGAGCUGGGGGCAGUGGUGUACAACUGCAGCUGCUUGGCUGCAGACCUGGGGAAGAUCUUCGAGGCCUACUGGUAUCUUGGGCAAAAAGACACACCCAUCCCGUCCCCUUGGCCCAGCAGUUUCAACACUCCUUACAAUAAGGACACGCCCCUGCAGCUGCCACUUAAUGGCACAGCCUCCAGUGUGUAUCUGUCGGUAAGAAUUGACUGAAAGUGCACAUUUUCAGAAAAAAGUAAUCCAAUAAUUGGAUCAUAUAAUACAAAUUGGACCGGUUUGUGAAGUCUGGUUAUGGAAUUCUCCAUAUUCAUUUUCUCUGGUCCUAUGUUCAACAUACUACUAUAUUUAAUUUAACUGUGCUGUACCCUCAGAGCUCUCCACCAUCUUUCUGUGCUGCCGGGAGGACCGGAGACCUGCAGUCUAUUCUCAGUGUGAUGGAGGACGCACGGGAGUUUGUCUACAUCGCUGUCAUGAACUAUCUGCCCACCAUGGAGUUUUCACAACCCAAAAGGUCAGCCUUCUAUGUAAUGUAUUAACCUCACCAACGUUUGCGAUAUGUAUUCAGUGUAUAAUUAAUAAAGCACGCAAGGCUUAGCCCAUAUGACUCUGGCCUAACCCUCUCUGUGGCGCCCACUGCAGGUACUGGGCAGAAAUUGACACUCAGAUCAGACGCGUGGCAUACGAGAAGCGGGUGAAGGUGCGCCUGCUCAUCAGCUGUUGGGCGAGCUCUUCGCCUGUCAUGAUCCCCUUCCUGAAAGCCUUGGAUUCAAUGCAGGAACCCAAGGCCAAGCUGGAUGUCCAGGUGGUGAGUAGGACCUCUCGCUACUCAUGCACUUUACUUAUCAUCAUUAGUAUGGUAAGCUCCUCCAGAAGAGCAAUUGUUAGAUAUUAAACUCUUCUUCACUGUUUUACAGAAACUCUUUGUUGUGCCAGCCAGUCCCAAGCAGAAAGAAAUCCCCUUUGCCAGAGUCAACCAUAACAAGUACAUGGUGACAGACAAGGUUGCCUACAUAGGUAAUUCUGCUCUCUCCUAGAUAGCAUAUGCACCAGUCAUGCUACUGUAUCAGUACAAUCAAUAAUUUCUGAUGUAAAAACCAGAGGUAACUUCUCAGAAGUUAUGCACAACCUACAGAAUUACAUCCCAUGCACAACAAAAUGCAACUUUGUGUUUCCCAUUGAUCACCAGGUACCUCUAACUGGUCUGGAGACUAUUUUGUGAACACUGCUGGAUCGGCUUUGGUGGUGAACCAAACGGCUGCCCAGUCAGCGGAGCCUACGGUCCAGGCACAACUACAGGCCGUGUUCGAAAGGGACUGGGACUCCGCCUACAGCACCCCAAUCCUCCAGCACACCGACCUCAAAAUGGUGUGUUAGAUACAAUACUACACUCUAGACCAGUGGUUCCCAACUCCAGUCCUCGAGUACCCCCAAUAGCACACAUUUUUGUUGUUGACCCGGGCAAAAAUAAACUGAUUCAACUCAUUGAGGGCCUGAUGAUUGGUUGACAAGUUGAAUCAGGUCUGCUUGUCUGGGGCUACAAUAGAAAUGUGUACUGUUGGAGGUACUCGAGGACUGGAGUUGGGAACCACCACUCUAGACUGUUACAGGGCCUGUGUCCUCCAAGCCAGCAUGGGGAGGAAUGGGAUGUAAGCGUGCCAAUAUAGAAUUGGAUUCGAAGCCCAAUUGACAGCAAGCUGUUUUUUUUUUGCCAAAUAUGCACAUUUCUUCUCUCUGUCCCUGUACACUAGUUCUAAUCAGCAGCUGUUUCUUGGAUUAUUUCAUAAAUUGACAAUUUUUAUAAUUGCAGGAGAUAUGUAUCUAUCACCUCAAUGAUCAAAACACAAGCCUGUGUGUUAAUAAUGCAUUAUCAACUUUAACUCUUUGGGAAUAAAUCCCAGUGAAUCUCAGGGAGAUUGCUGUAUUAUGUGUUGAAUGUUUGGACUGACGUUGCUAGGCAUGCUGGUUUGAUCCUUUUUAUUAUUUUUGAUGUAUGAUUGGUAUGUUGUGCAUUGUUUUUCUCUGCAGCCUAGACUGUUUUUUUUAAUUCAAUCAUUCUGAAUCCUUCUAACUUUAAAACUAGUAUGUUUCCCAUAGAAUUAUGCAGUAAUUGAUUUCAUAUGUGUGCAAUAAAGUCCAGAAAACAUUAGAUUUUUCUUGAAUUUGCGCUGCGUGGAGUGUCUAAUAUGAGCAGUGCAGUGGAGAAUGUUGUCAUAGCAACUGCCAAAAUACUUAAGUGUUUAAUAGCACUGCACUGUGUAUUAUUUGGCAAGCACUGGUACUGUACAAUAUUGAUUGCAUUUUGUACACUCUUCUUCCUUUGUGUUAAUGUCCCUAAUAAAUUGAAUUUAAACAGUCUAUAUUUAGCAGUUGUAUGCAAAGUGUUUAGAAUAAGUAAGUCUAUCUUAUUUCAUUACUAAGAAUAAAGCAUGCAGUCUUGCAAAUUAUACAUUUAUUUAUCCACUGUGCAGUUAAUCAAUAUGAAACUCUUAAUGACAACAUUCUCGGAGGGCUGUUUGAAAAAUCAGGUCUGCUUGUCUAUUCAUGCCUGCUUUGCAUUGGCGGAGUGUCUGUUUUGUGUAUUGAGGAGCUCACGUUGGAUAAGAGGAGCUGUUGGAAGCCCUCAGCUUUGGUACAGUACUGGCACGUGUAUCUGUUGACCCCCUCCCUCCAGGAGACUCAGUAGUGGAGGUAGUGCUGCUGCGUAUGGCUACAGCAGGCUGGGGGGCCGUAGCCCAGGUAGGAGGCCACCUUUGGAUCCGAGGUCCACGCCGGCCACCAUUGGCAACAAUGACAGGAGCCCUGGCUCUGAGACUCUGUGGGUGAGCCAGGGUGUGAGUUUCCAUUUGGUUCCACUAGUAUUUUAUUGGCCAUUGGUCUAAUCAGACAAAACAUUUUCUUUUGCUCUGAUAACAUACUUAAUCCCACAGUAUGGUGUGGGAUCUUGUUCCAGUGUGGUUUGUGUUAGACCGAGGACGUCACGUUAUCGUUUAUUGUUUUGUUCGUGUAACAUUAAUAAAAAGCAUGUUCACCUUCCAUGCUGCGCCUUGGUCCUCCUCUGUAUAUGACGAUCGUGACAGAAGAUCCCACCAGAACUGGACCAAGCAGCGGGUCCAGGAGCCAUCGCCAGGGAAAUCUCUAGCGGAUAUCCAGCGCCUCCUCGACUGGGUCAAGCCGUGUGAGCAAGAGGGGGGCUUGACUUGGAAGCAGAAGGGCGAAAGGCUGGCGAGAGAUAUGGAGACCUGGUCCACGGGAGGGAGAGAAGCCCAGAAUUUUUUUAGGGGGGGGCUCACGCCAUGGACGACGGGGCAGCAGGAGACCGCGAUAGAGCGGCCCAGCGGGUUGGCAGAGGAGGCCGCCAGGUUACGGGGGCCACUGGUCAAAAAGGGGAAGGAAGGUGUAGAGGCACGGCGAGAGGUACUGGGGUGUGUUACCAGUCCGGUCCGGCCCGUUCCUGAUCCCUGCGUAGGGCCAGUGGUGUGUGUCCCCAGUACGGUCCGGUCUGUUCCUGUCCCUUGCACCGAGCCUGUGGUGCGCGUCGCCAGCCCUGUCCGGUCCAUUCCUGCUCUCCGCACCAAGUCAGUGGUGCGCUUCGUCAGCCCGGUCCGGCCCGCUCCUGCUCCCCGCACCAAGCCAAUGGUGCGCGUCGCCAGCCCGGCCCGGCCUGUUCCUGCUCCCCGCACCAAGCCAAUGGUGCGCGUCGCCGGCCCGGCCCGGCCUGUUCCUGCUCCCCGCACCAAGCCUAUGGUGCGCGUCGCCAGCCCGGCCCGGCCUGUUCCUGCUCCCCGCACCAAGCCUAUGGUGCGCGUCGCCAGCCCGGCCCGGCCUGUUCCUGCUCCCCGCACCAGGCCAAUGGUGCGCGUCGCCAGCCCGGUCCGGCCCGCUCCUGCUCCCCGCACCAAGCCAAUGGUGCGCGUCGCCAGCCCGGUCCGGCCCGUUCCUGCUCCCCACACCAAGCCAGUGGUGUGCGUCGUCAGUCCGGCACGGCCCGUGCCUGUUCCACCGGUCCCUGGUCCGGCACCGGUCAGCUGCUUCACGCCGGAGCUAGAGCAAUCCGCUCCACCAGUGUGCAGUCCAGCUCCGGCCAGCGGGGCCAGACCGGACCAGGGGUACUUUGAGGGAGUGGGGAUCAGGCCCGGAGCCGGAUCCGCCGCCAAGGCGGAGUGCCCACCCGGUCCCUCCCCUGUGGUGUUUGGUUGGCGCGGCCGGAGUCCGCGCCUUUGGGGGCGGGUACUGUCACGCCCUGGCUCUGGGGACUCUAGUAUGUUGAGCCAGGGUGUGAGUUUUCAUUUCUGUUCGUUCUAGAAUUGUGUUUCUAUGUUGGCCAGUGUGGUUCUCAAUCAGAGGCAACGUGAAUCAGCUGUUGCUUGUUGUCUCUGAUUGGGAACCAUACUUAGUCAGCCUGUUUCCCACAGUAUGGUGUGGGAUCUUGUUCACAGGAGUAGCCUUCAGGUUAAAAAUUGAGAAACUGGACCUCCUGUGGGAGAGUGGGACACCAAAAUGGAAAAUGACAAAACCGUUCCAGAAUUGUAAUCCCCACAGCAUUUUAUACAGUAUUAUGGUUCUAAUCUCUACUGACAAUUAUUUUCUUAUCUCCAAAACUACAUACUCUUACCUCCAAGCCAUAAACACAGGCUGCCUCCUUUGCCUCUGCCUGCUCCCUGGGCCCUGCAAGGUCCUGUUGGGUGGUGGAGUCCCUAGAAAAGAGACUGGAGCCUUUGGGCUCACCUGCUUUGUCCAUCUGGGGCCCAGAGGUGUAGCUCAACCCGUGGGUAGGAUCGGACCGCAAGGAUCUGGCCACUGGCUGCCUCAGGCGCUGGUUCUCACAGCCUGGUGAAAUAGGACAGCUUGGAGCCACUCUCUGGGUCAUCUCUGCUGGUGGAGCCUAUAGGAGGACAGUCUAGCUCAGUCUCCUGGAAGGCACCGCUUUCACUUGGUUGGAGGCCGGCUUGGAGAUCUGAGGGUUUCACAGAGCUGGACAGAUGGAAGGCACACUGGGCAUCCUCCUCCGCCCAUACCCCCAUGGUGGCCUCCAGGUUGGCCUCAUCCACAAUGCACAGGCUCUCCAUCAGGUCUUCAAAUAGCGCUGUGGGGGACUAAGGCUCACUGGGCACUGGGGUCUGCUGGGAGAGAACCCCAUUGUUACCUUGGAAGCGCUCUGAGAAUGGUGGGUAGCCCUCCCUCUGGUCAUGGUGAUUUUGACCCAGGGGACAUGACUGGUGGGUCCCCUUCUCCCUGGGGUACAGGAACCGCUGGCCCCUCUCUGCAUUCAGAUGGUGAGACCUACAGCUGUCUCCCUCUGGAGCUGUAUCCUGAAUCAGGGCCUCACGAGUGGACUUCUCAUAGUAGUGGUUGUAGUCUGGGUACAUGCAUAAGUGGUGCAUGUUGAUGAAAGGAUGGUGUAAGGCCGCAUUGGGGUAGGAUCCUCUGGUUGGAGUCCAAGGUUAACGUCCGCUUGAGGAGCUGCACCAUGCUCCGGCGGUCCACAACUUCUGCUGCCACGUCUUCGUUGAGGAACUCUGGGUCGUGCUCUGAAUUUCUUUUAAUGAUGACCUUCAUAAAUACAAGACAUCACAAAGCAUGUGGUGCAACAUAGGCUUUGUACCUGGAUUGGAUGUAUGGCUCCUUAACAAAAUGCACUUCACUGAAAAUACUUGCAGAACCAAAACCAAUCAACUUUACGCUGAAGGGAUGGCAACAAUGAUCCACGACCAUUAUAUUUUCAGGUUUCAGAUCAGCAUGAAUGAUUGCGAGUUCCUUCAGCUUGGCUAGUGCGUUUGUCAUCUGACACGUGAUGGUACGGAUGUUGCAGACCGCAAUCGGCUUGAAACCAUUCUCUUUCUGAAGCUGAUACAGGUUCUUCUCCAAUAGUUCAAAAACCAGAUAAUGAUUAGUUUGGUCACAGAAUGCCUCGUGAAAUUGAACUAUGUGGCUUGUCUUCAAAUUAUUUAUGUGAACAUCCAUUUUCAUAAUUUUUACCGCCACUAAUUUUACUCUCCAUCACUCCCUCUCCAGCAUUUUGACACUUUUCCGAAGGUGCCCUUUCCCACUACAUUAAAAGUGUGGUAGACUACAGUUUCAGAAUAGGUAUCUCUCGUUCUCAGCUUGCUUCCUGCUCUUUGUAGUGAUUUUAAUUUCAAUGAUAAACAACUUGGCAAUAGUUCUAAAUCCAUGGAACGUUCCCUGGGCGAUCUAACAAUUCUAAGCAUUCUAUUUUUAAAGUUUCAUCAGAAUUAAACUAUUUGCAAAAAUGACCGAGAUUUUUUUAGAAAAUCAUCAUCAUCCUCCUCAAUCAUCAUCGAUUAUAUUAAUUGGCUAAUACUGAUAACACUAAAAAUGAUAACAAUAGGACUUUAUGAUGAUGAUGAUGAUGAUGAUACAUGAUGAAACAUUUAUUAAUACAGUAUUAUUAAUAUUAAAUAUAUUAUUGUUGUUAUUAUUAUAUCAAUAAUACAUAGGCUAAAUAAAUAAAUACAUUUGGUCACUAGCGAAUGCCUAUAUACAGUAGCCUAUGCUUGUCUAUAUGCAUAAUCCUUCAGACUACAAUUGAAUUCCGAUGUCCAUGUCCUCCAAAUAUGUUAUGUCAUCAGUUAUUUUGGGACCUGGCGAAAACUACGCUAUAUAGGCCUAUAAUAAACACAAUAACUUUUGCCCAACAGUUUAUAGUUCAAUAUCGCAGUCGUUUAUUGUUUUUCUUUUUAGGAGUGGUUGGUAGACUAUAG